AUGUACUCGUCAAUGCAGCAGGGCAGGCUCCUCUGUUCCUUAGCGCAACCCUGUCGUUUCGUCGCGCGCCGCCGAUAUCCCGCUCUCGCCGCGUCCCCGUUACGUCGUUUCCACCUCUCGCGAACAUGGCGAUCAUCGACACCGUCCGAUCCUAAUGAUCCUCGAAACUCGGCUUCCGAUAAAGCUGCCACCAGCAGCACGCCUCCCAAUGGCGACCACAGCCUAGACAAGGCUUCCGUUGAGUCGCCGGGGGAGCGCACCGUCGAUAAGGAGUCAGGGCCGUAUGGAUCAGCAGUUCGGAGAGCGCUCAGGAAUAAGAGGCGAUCCGCAAAAUCAACCUCUACUCCCGUCAAAGUUCCCGACUGGUUUCUUGCAGCAAACACUCUGCUCCACGAUCACGAUGAAGCGUACACAGCCUGGUUACGGUCACAGGUGAGGAUUGUCGGUAGAAACGAAAACCGAGCCUCCAAGGAUGAAUUGUCCUCUUCUUUUGAAUUGAGCGAAGAGACAUGGACGGAAGUUUUCAACUCUGCCAGGGCCGGUUUGCGACUUCCACCUGCUAAGUACGCUACCGAGCCAUCCGCACGCAAAUCGCAUCUCGUUCUCCAUUGCCCAACCAACGGUAGUACAGUAUUUCUGGACGCUGUGAUACAAAGACUCUCGCUGGAUCUCAAUGCCGAUCUGGUGACACUCGACGCGCAGGAUAUCGCUCGACUGUGCGCCGAGCAAGACUUAGCAGAGACGGGCAAAAUGUCUUCUAUCCAAUUUCUUGGCUACGAGGUAUAUCGGGCAUCGACGCCUGACGAAAUGAGCGACGAGUUGACUGAGAGUGACGAAGUCGAACCAGACAUUGAAAUUCCGCGUAGCGUUGGUGACAAGGGUCCAAAGUUCAUCACGAUUGAGAGCUCUCGUGAGCCUGGGGACAUUCCCAUUCCUAAUAUCAUGAACCUCAGGUCACUAGUUGCAGCAAUUGGCAACCCUUCAGAUGCGACUGGGGCCGCAGGCUCACGAUCGCCGUUUGAUCGCGUGGAGGAAAGACGACUUCAGCUUUUGCAUAAAAUUCUCUCAAUUCGCAGCAAGCUCACGCAAAAACCUGCUCCCUCGGACAGCUCCGAAGACAGACCCAACGAAUCUCGAAAUUCUCAGCCAGAAAAAUCACGGGACAUCAUUGUACAGGUCCGGGAUUAUGUUGACAUUCAAAACACACGUGAAGGAUCGAAGUUUAUAACCCUUUUACAAAAAGUAAUCGAAGACCGGCGAAAAGACGGUCAUCGCGUGCUGCUCGUUGGGACUGCGGCGUACGACCCUUCCUUGGCUUAUGAAACAUCAGCAUUGUUGCAGAGGUCUUCUGACGAUCAAUUUUCUCAAGCGGUUCUCGUCAUGCCGGAACCGAUGUCCGAAAUCUUAGCGGAACGGUUUAAGCUUGAUCGUCUUGAGCGUACUGACUAUGUCAACAAGCGGCACAUCCAGAGCAUGCUUUGGACACGGCUGGAGGACGACCCAACCGCUGUUAAGGAUGAGGUUCUCAAAGAGGACCCGCGUUUCUGGAAGACCUUGCAACCGGGACUUUCUGAAAGAUAUUAUUCUUAUAACCAAAUCCAUUGGUUGGUAACGCUUGCCCUCGGGAGUGUUGGCGAAGGCGAGGUCUUUGGACUCGAGCACCUCAAUCGCGCGUCUGCGCAUAUCCGCAUGCAAAAAGCUACAGAGCGCCGCAGGAAGGAUUUCUUCAAAACGCAGGUGUUCAAGGCGCCAACAGCCGAUACGAAAGCAUCUGAGACAGAGCCCAGCCGCGAACAUCUCCUUGCAUCUCUCCGCAAGACGUGCAACAAGUACGAGAAGAAGUUGCUAAACGGUGUCGUCGAUGCCAAAAGCAUACGCACAACAUUUGCGGAUGUGCACGUCCCGUCCGAGACUAUUGACGCCUUGAAAACACUCACUUCCCUCUCCCUGAUUCGGCCUGAGGCCUUUACUUACGGCGUACUAGCCACGGACAAGAUUCCCGGCUUACUUCUUUACGGGCCUCCAGGUACCGGUAAGACUAUGCUGGCCAAGGCGGUGGCUCGUGAAAGUGGUGCCACUGUGCUUGAGGUCAGCGGGUCCGACGUGUAUGAUAUGUAUGUUGGAGAGGGGGAGAAGAAUGUCAAGGCUAUUUUCACUCUGGCCAGGAAGCUCAAUCCAUGCGUCGUCUUUAUAGAUGAAGCGGACGCCAUCUUCGGUGCCCGCACGGGAGGUCGCUCUCGCACGUCUCAUCGGGAGCUAAUCAACCAAUUCUUGCGAGAGUGGGAUGGGAUGAAUGACCUUUCCACGUUUAUUAUGGUUGCCACAAACAGGCCAUUUGACCUAGACGACGCUGUCCUCCGCCGUCUCCCAAGGCGACUACUUGUGGACCUGCCCACCGAGCAGGACCGCCUCGCAAUCUUGAAGAUUCAUCUAAAAGAUGAAACACUAGAGAGUUCGGUCGAUCUUGCCGACUUGGCGCGCCGGACUCCGUUCUACUCUGGCUCUGAUCUGAAGAACCUCUGCGUCGCAGCCGCAUUGUCCUGUGUACGGGAAGAGAAUGCUUUGGCCCAGCAGCAUACAGGCGAGGAGCCAUACAAGUACCCGGCCAGGCGCACUUUGACCCGGGAGCAUUUCGAGCGCGGAAUUGGGGAGAUCAGCGCGUCCAUCAGCGAAGACAUGUCGUCUCUGUCGGCGUUGCGGAAAUUCGACGAGCAGUACGGAGACCGCAAGGGUCGGCGCAAGAAGAGCCCGGGAUGGGGAUUCAUGACCCCAGCCACCGACGAAGCUGGAGCAUCGGACGCCGCGAGGGUGCGAACGUGA